AUGGCAGAGAGUGGCACUGUGGUGACAGAUUUUGUUCUGAUAGGGUUUCAACUGCGGGAAGAGCUGCAGAUGGGUCUCUUCUUUGUGUUUCUGGUCCUUUAUCUCAUCACCGUGGUGGGUAACUUGGGCAUGAUAGUGCUGAUUCAGAGUGACCUUCACCUCAAGACUCCCAUGUACUUCUUCCGCAGCCACCUUUCCCUCCUGGACACUUGUUACUCCUCUGUUAUUGUCCCUCAGUUGCUUGAGACUUUGGGUACUGAUAAGAUGGUCAUCUCCUAUGAGUGCUGUGCUGCUCAGUUCUUCUUUUUCACACUCUGUGCUAGCUCUGAGUGUUUCCUUUUGGCUGUGAUGGCCUAUGACCACUAUGUGGCUGUGCGUAAUCCUCUCCUCUAUGCCACCACCAUGACACCACAAACCUACAGGGGCCUAGUGUCUGGGGCAUAUACUGGUGCUAUGGUCAAUUCCACAAUCCACACUGGGUGUACCUUCUCAAUCUCCUUCUGUAAGUCCAACCACUUAGACUUCUUAUUUUGUGACUUCCCACCUUUGCUGAAGCUUGCCUGUAGUGAGACCAGGCCACGGGAACAAGUGGUCUACCUCUUAGCUUUCUUGGUCAUUACAACCAGCAUUACAGUGAUUCUCAUAUCCUGCCUGUUCAUCAUUUGGGAUAUUCUGAAGAUUCAUACAGCAAGUGGAAAAGCCAAGACUUUCUCCACCUGUGCUUCUCACAUGACUGCAGUGGCUCUUUUUUUGGGGACACUUAUGUUCAUGUACUUGAAAGGUAAUAUGGGAAAAUCCCUCACGGAAGACAAGAUUGUGUCAGUAUUUUACACUAUGGUCAUCCCUACGCUGAACCCAAUGAUCUACAGCCUGAGAAACAAAGAAAUGAAGAAGGCUCUGAAGAAAGUUCUCAACAGGAUGAAGGUUUCUCAAGUAGAGCAAAACUUGAGCUCGAUCAAUUAA